UCUCUCUAUCUCUUGGAGACUUGAACGAUAGCCAGACUAUUUUACGUCUUCUCGCUCCAACUUGGUCCCUACCAAUGUUCUUCAACGACAGAGGGAGCGAGACUAUUGACGUGUUCAAAACAUGGUAGUGGACAGUGGUUGAAGCCGCGAGAUGGGCAUGCCAACUGAGCAGACCAGCCACACACACGCACACACAUCAGAUCAAGAAUUGGGAUUCUGAGUGAAGCAGUGAUAAAUAUUGGAUGAUACCCGAGAUAGCUGAGAGAGAGAGCUCUCUUGGAAGCCCCAGAAGAGGGCCUCCAUGGCCGAAAACACACACACUCCACCACUACCAUCGCCACACACACACACUCAUUGGAACCACGUCUUUGAACUCGAGUGUGUCAGUAACAUUGGAGCGCUCUGCGAGUGCACAGAGGCAGAAAUGACACCACAUUUCUGACUCAUGCCUUUCAACAACAUCUUGCAGAAAACAGACCCACGCGCAUACUAUGAAAGACAGAAUCCAACGAUACCAAACAGUGCUUGAGCCUCCAAAAGAAGAACAAACAAAAUAGUUAGUCACAUAAGUUAUUCAUCGGUCCACCAUGCCGAAAAUAUUUGCAAUAAGACAUCGCCUCAUGGAGGUCCAGCAAUCGUUGAUCUCCUCCAAUGAUGGAUCAAUGCCCUUGAAGGACCCCUUCGGCAUGUUUGACUACUCAAAACCCAAUUUUGAUAAAUGUUUUGACGUGCUAAGUGAACUAAGAGUGACCCCUCAAUCUGAAUCCCAAUUGGACGAUCAACUACCAGACAUUCUUGCCCCUUCUACAAUCACCAACGUUUCAUUGGACCAAGACGAAUGCCGCCCAGAAAAGCUCCAGGAAGCUUCGACUGCGCAGGAAUUGGUCAAGGAGGAGGAGGAAGAAGAAGAAGAAGAAGCUGGGGUCAAGACUAGACGUCAAGAACUCUUUGAGGAAAUAUCACACCAUCUAGCCGACCAGCUCAGGGAUGAAAACAAAGAGAAUCACGCAAAUCAUGCUGUCACAAUAGAGGGCUCUUCAUCACCAAUGAAACUGGGGAACCACCGCCAUCAAUCCCCGAUCUCCAAUGAAAACGAUGGGAAAGGUGAAGAGAACCAAAAGAGCACCCAGAGUAGGAAAAGAAACAGGAAAGCCAAGUUUCUCCGAAGAAACUCAGAGUCCGGAUUGUGCAAGAUCGCUCUAUGGUUCCAAUCCAGGAGGAGGGCCAAUGGCCAAAACAUCCGCGAGAGCCAGAGAUUAUCGCCAUUUUGUUUGUAUGCAAGACCUCCUCCAAUGGGACAAGUCAAUGGUCAAACGAUUACCCUUGAAUCCAAUGGACACAACUCGCCACAUCAAAGCCCGCCAACUGACGGGACGUCUGGUUCGGAAUCUUCAAACUCAAGUGGAAGCGGACAAGGCGGCAAUUUUCAGAGAGACGCCAAUUCCAACCAAUUUAAAGGUGGGAAUGCCAAUGGCCAAGAGCAUGGCUCCCCAACUGGCAAUGAAGAAUCGGGUCAAUUGGACCUGGACAGCUUUGAGUAUCCGGACUCACCCACUCAAAAGUGGUUGGCAGACAAUGCCGAUUUGAGCCCCUUAACAGUAUUAGACAACAUCAAUUUGAAAUCGGAAUACCCUUAUGCCACUCACCAUGUUGUCGAAAAACCUCCAGAUAUUACUACAAUUGCCUUGGACACCUCACAAGAGAACAUGCUUCAGUUCUCCGCCUCUGUGCCAGUGCCUGACUCUUCCGCAACCUUCCUGGACAUUGGAACCGAUACCUUUUCUCAGAGCCUCUACGAUGACCUUAGCGAUAUCAAUCUGGCAGACUUCCAGCAUGUGACCGUGGCCAAUACAAUGGGCUUCACUACAGUGAACACUUCAUGCUCGGGGCUCGUGAUGCCUCAAAUGCCAUUAACCAUGGCUCCACUAGGGCCUCCCACCACGGGAAGUUCUAUGAACGGACAUCUCCUCACCACUACCGGGUACCCAAGUAGCCUGAUGCCGUCGAAACCUGUUACCUUGGAAAGACUUCAGAAUGUGGCCACCCUUCAAGGGCCCGUUCCCACAACUCACAGUAUUACUUUGUCUAAUGUAGUCCGAGUCAAGGAAGAGCCUAAAGCCAUGGAUGGAACCUCCGUGAAUCUUGGUACCUUGCCGACCAUUCCCAUUCCACAAGAGGGCGGGAAUAACAAUUCCAUUUCUCAUACUUCAUUACCCCAAGCCCCAGUUUCACUCCGAAGCUUGGUUGAGCCUCUACCGGCUUCUGCUCUCAAGGGGCUCAUCAAACAGGAGAUUCCUGUAACCCUUCCCAAUACGCCAAUGUACAACACUUCCAACUUGGUGAAAAUGGAAGUGUCUGAUCUUCAAGGAGGCCAUGAGGGGGGUGACAUGACUAGCGACUCAUUCAACCAGCACGCCUACUCUCCCAUGUCCAUGUCGUCCACACCCAAUUCUCCCAUGGGAAGCCCAAGUUCAAACGGAGGAGGAAAGAUGAAAGGAUCUCCAAACCGAAAGAAGUCCUUGUCCACAGACGAGGAUGAUAUCAGCAAUAUUCCAUCUUUAAAGAUGAGAAUUCAAAUCAUCUCACAGAGGAUUGGGAUUCCCGCAGAUGCUCAAAUAGAGCUAAUCAAUGGUGGCCAUGGAAUUAAGAACCCACUUUCCUCCGACACUGCGGUCAAACCCGACGAAAAACUUCCACCCGCUCGGCCCCAAUGCGAUCCCUCCAAGUUCCAGUGCCGUAUCUGCUCCAAGGUGUUCAGUCUCCAACGACUCCUGAAUCGCCACAUGAAGUGCCACAGCGAUACAAAGCGAUACCUCUGCACCUUUUGCGGAAAGGGCUUCAAUGACACAUUCGACCUUAAACGUCAUACCAGGACCCACACAGGUGUGCGUCCGUACAAGUGCAAUCUCUGUGAGAAGUCGUUCACUCAACGAUGCUCUCUUGAAUCCCACUGUUUGAAAGUUCAUGGUGUUGCUCAUCAGUAUGACUACAAACAGCGGCGCUCAAAGAUGUACGUGUGCGAAGACUGCGGUCAUACCACGUCCGAGCCUGAGGUCCAUUACCUUCAUCUCAAGGAGAACCAUCCGUACAGUCCGGCCCUCUUGAAGUUUUACGACAAACGCCACUUCAAAUUCUCCAACUCCAAUUUUGCUAGCAUGCUUUUGCAAGUAAGCUAAUUGAGGGCGGGAUGCCAAACCAUUCAUCAAACCGAACCAGUAAUUCGAAGACUACAAUGAAGGACGACUCCACAGCGAAGGGGUAACACGAAAGAAAACUGAAGCAGUAUCUCAUGUAUGAAGAAAUUCGAAAACCACAAAACGACAACAAUAACCACUCCACCAGCAACGCAAAUUUUGGCAUUAGACGGACCGUUUGCAAUAUUAAACCUUAAGGGCCACAAUACUAAAAUUUUAACUAACAUGGGGCUGAAUCUCUAGGCUCUCGACCAGAGAUGGUGACGGGUUUCUAUCAACUCAACAAUAUUCAAAGAUCAGCUGCACUGAUCUUUCCUCCCGUGACGUCACAGAGCAUAUACAUUAUAAACAUAACCUCUGGAAUGAAUGACUCUGUAAAACACCACAUGUUUAAUUUGAACAUUUAUGAUGACCUUUUCUGAGACAUCCAAGCGACAUGACAUAUGUAAUAGUACUUAUGUAAAUACUCUUGUACCUAUAAAGACAUAGAGCGGUUAUUGAAAUAAUAAUCCUCUAGCAAGUUCCCAAAUGGCCUAAACCAUGGUGACCCUCCAAACAAGCCCUUACCAGGUAGCUACUAAAUCAUUCCAUUCUAACCAUAUAAAUAUCAUCUUCCUGAAACAACCUCGAAUCGGUUGGAACCUUCAAGUAUUCUUCCUAACCCACUAACGCGUUACUUUGAAACCCGUUUUGUCAGUUUGAUGUGCAAUGUUAUCCUAGUUUCUAAGGUAAACAACAUUAUAUUAUAUGAACUUUACUUUGCUCUGUGGUCACAAAGAAUGUCUCAAUUUUCGCAUUGAAACACUUGAAAAUCUUUGUCAAAUCGUAAAAACUCCUCCACAAAUGUGCAAUCAAUCUCUCCAAAUUUUAUUUAUCCAAGACUUUGUUUUGUGACCCAGAGCAAAUACUAUCGUGUGACCAUUCCUAAUCGGAAACUUUGGCUUGUUAUGAAUCUCAUUCGCUCUACCUUGAAUUUCUUCCAUGAAGCAAGAAUAAAAAAAGAUUAUCCAUUUA